GGGCUGACUUGGGAAUUAAUCCCCGCCUCCUGCAAGCUCCCCUCAGGGGUAGUUGUCACCACAGCUGCCGGGCCUGCAACUAGGGGGACAGAGAAGAAGAAUGAAACCUUCCUGGCUGCAAUGUCGCAAAGUAACAGGCGCCGGGACGCUUGGGGCGCCCCUGCCAGGGUCCCCUUCAGCAAGAGGAGCUGGUGCUGCCCGAAGGGCUUUGGUGGCGGGUCAACUUGGGGGCAGGGGCUGCAGGACUCUGACCACCUCCAGUGGUGGCGAGUACAGGACCCAUUUCGCAGCCUCUGUGGCCGACCCGGAGAGGUUCUGGGGUAAAGCUGCUGAACAGAUCAGUUGGUACAAGCCCUGGACCAAAACGCUAGAAAGCAGCUACCCGCCUUCCACUAGUUGGUUUGUGGAAGGGAUGCUUAACAUUUGUUACAAUGCUGUUGAUCGGCACAUUGAAAAUGGCCAAGGGGAUAAGAUUGCCAUCAUCUAUGACAGUCCUGUUACAAACACUAAAGCAACUAUCACCUAUAAGGAAGUCUUGGAGCAGGUCUCUAAGCUGGCUGGUGUCUUGGUCAAGCACGGUGUCAAGAAAGGUGACACUGUGGUCAUCUAUAUGCCCAUGAUCCCACAAGCAAUAUAUACCAUGCUGGCAUGUGCAAGGAUAGGAGCCAUCCACAGCCUCAUAUUUGGAGGAUUUGCAUCCAAAGAACUAAGUACCCGCAUUGAUCAUGCAAAGCCCAAGGUGGUUGUUACAGCAUCCUUUGGCAUCGAACCUGGAAGGAAGGUAGAGUACAUCCCACUUUUAGAAGAAGCUCUGAGACUGGGACAACACAGACCAGACAGAGUUCUCAUUUACAAUCGUCCAAAUAUGGAGAAAGUUCCUUUGAUGGCAGAUCGUGAUCUGGAUUGGGAAGAAGAAAUGGCAAAAGCCCAGUCACAUGACUGUGUGCCUGUUCUCUCAGAGCACCCAUUGUACAUUCUCUACACAUCUGGAACAACAGGGUUGCCUAAGGGUGUGGUUAGACCCACUGGGGGAUAUGCUGUAAUGCUGAACUGGACAAUGUCUUCCAUAUAUGGCCUCAAACCUGGAGAGGUAUGGUGGGCGGCUUCUGAUUUAGGCUGGGUGGUCGGACAUUCCUAUAUUUGCUAUGGGCCUCUUCUACAUGGAAACACAACGGUUUUAUAUGAGGGAAAGCCCGUGGGAACACCAGAUGCCGGCGCUUAUUUCCGUGUGCUUGCAGAGCAUGGAGUGGCUGCCUUGUUUACAGCACCGACUGCAAUUAGAGCAAUCCGUCAGCAGGACCCUGGGGCAGCCUUGGGGAAGCAGUACUCUUUGACAAGGUUCAAGACACUGUUUGUGGCUGGGGAAAGGUGUGAUGUGGAAACCCUAGAAUGGUCCAAAAAGGUCUUCAGAGUCCCUGUUCUAGACCAUUGGUGGCAAACAGAGACUGGAUCCCCAAUAACAGCAUCAUGUAUUGGAUUGGGUAACUCCAAAACACCUCCACCAGGGCAAGCAGGAAAAUGUGUUCCAGGAUACAAUGUUAUGAUUUUGGAUGACAACAUGCAAAAACUGAAGGCUCGAAGCUUAGGAAAUAUUGUGGUAAAGUUGCCAUUACCACCUGGGGCUUUCUCAGGACUCUGGAAGAAUCAGGAAGCUUUCAAGCAUUUGUACUUUGAGAAAUUUCCUGGAUACUAUGACACUAUGGAUGCAGGCUAUAUGGAUGAGGAAGGAUACCUAUAUGUUAUGUCUCGGGUGGAUGAUGUAAUAAAUGUUGCAGGCCACAGGAUUUCUGCAGGUGCUAUUGAAGAGUCGGUCCUUUCCCAUGGCACUGUGGCUGACUGUGCUGUGGUUGGCAAGGAAGACCCUUUGAAAGGUCAUGUUCCCUUAGCACUCUGCGUGUUGAAAAAAGAUAUAAAUGCAACAGAAGAACAAGUUUUGGAAGAAAUUGUGAAACAUGUUAGGCAGAGCAUUGGCCCUGUGGCUGCUUUUCGAAAUGCAGUUUUUGUCAAACAGUUACCCAAAACGAGGUCUGGCAAAAUUCCACGGUCUACACUGUCUGCCUUGGUCAAUGGCAAGCCAUAUAAGGUAACUCCUACUAUCGAGGACCCCAGCAUUUUUGGCCACAUAGAAGAAGUUCUGAGACAGGCCUUGUGAUUUUUUAUUUACUAUCUCCAGUCAAUCUGUCUUAACUUUCUAGCUGGAUUUAAGUUGUUUGUUUUCUAUAAAUAAGCAGCUGAAAAGAACUCCUUCUCAUCUCAAAUGUGAGCCGUAGGGUUAAAUCAGUCUAGUAGCCUGUGAAAGAGGCUAUAUUUUGUGUUACAUCAUAUGAGCCAGUUCGCACUGUUACCUCUCUCCUGUAACAUGAAUCAUUUUAUUCUAUUUUGCAUAUGUCUUUGGCGUAUUAUUUUAUAAAUUCAUGUGCCUUACAAACACAUUUUAAUUGGAAGUAUGUGUAAUAUAAACACACUUCCGGGAGAUAAGAAUCAGCCACAGUUUGAUCAAAAUCUAAACUCAAAUCAAAACAGAAUAUAAUUUAAAACGUUAUUAUGGAAACUCAGAUGUUGUUGAAUGUUUUUGAAGAUGACUUCCUUGUUUUUAGGUAAUCAUUCAGACAGAAUAAGUUGCCUAGCAACACAGGGCCCCUGGAUGGAGUACCAUUUCUAUGUUGUCUGUUACUGGGUAAGGGGAGGCUUGUGUCUGGCAGAGAAACUAGAGACCUUACCAGCAAAUCUUUUGUGGAGAUGAAGGCUCCUCGAAUCCCCUGCCAUAGUUGAUUGUGUGCAUCUUGAUGCCUUCAUCUUCCAAUGGCAUCAAGGAAAUGACACACGAAUUGAAUGGACUGAGAAAAAGGAUGAUAUAAAGAGAAAUUUGGAAGUUUUCAUCUUAUUCUAAAAAAAUCAAGAGACUUUCUGGGCAAUAUCAACGCAUCCCCCAUUCUCUUUUAUUUAUUUAUUUUAUUUUUUAGUUUUAUUCCUCUUCUUCUUCUUUUUUUCUGGACCAGGUCACAUGUUUCCUAGGUUAGCCUCACAUUUGCUAUGUAAGUGUGGCUGACUUUGAAAUCCUGGUCUUCUUGCCUCUAACUCCUGGUUGCUGAGCUUAGAGGCAUGUACUUCCAUACUUCGCUCCACAUUAGAAUUUCUUUUUUCUUAUUGAUUGAACCCAGAGCCUGGUGCAUGUUAGGCAAACACUCUUCCACUGACCUAUGCUCUAGGAGAUCAAAGAAUUUAUGGUGGAAUAUUGAACCACCUGUACUGACAAGUGAUUUUACAAACAAUAGGGAGCCUUAAAUACUGGCAAUCAUGGGUUCCAUCAAGGAGAAAGCCAUAUCAGGCCCCAGAGAAAUACGGCUCAAGAGAGAGACUGUACUACAUUUCAAGAGCCUCUGGGUUUCAAGAGAACCCCAAAUAUCCACUUUUAUUACUUUAAAUUAAUGUUAAUUCAUUUAAAUAUUAUACUCUAACAUAUAUUUCCAUCUGUGUGUCUAUAAAAUGAUUGAGCCUUUUCAAAAAAUUGAAAAUGAGCCUUUAAUAUGGUUAUAGAAAUAUAUCCAUUAACUAGAAUAGAAAGUCCAUAGUUAACUAGCUUAGAGCUCUACAUGUAUUAUUCAUCAGAGCAUAUAUUUAAAUCUAAAAAGCAUACUGUGUUCAUUCAAUCAUUGAGAGUCCUCAGAAUAAUUUCUCAAUUCUUCAGUUUUUGAGAAACACUAUAAAGAGCACAAGGUCCUAACAGAAUAGUCAAAUUGCAUGAAAUACAGGUAAAAAGUAACAGAUUAAUUUACUUGUCAUAAAAAUUAUGUGUAUCUUCUAUAAAAGCUCUCUUUUUUUUGGCCUCUUUGGACUGCUGCUUAGAUAAUAAAUGGCUUUUCAAAUGAAACAUUUACUGAUUAAACUACCUUCUUCAUUGGUAAAUAUGAAGGCAAUAUCUUUAUCAUCUCUAAUAUUUUGGUUGCUUGAAUUAAACAAACUGGAUAGGUAUUUUAUAACUGGAAGCUGUUGAGUUCAUUGAAUUUUCCAUUGUAUGUGUAAAUUGUAUACAUUAUCAAAACUGAAGAGGUUACAAAUCAAUAGUUUUUAAUAUGUCAGCAUUAUAAUACUGUUCAUUAUUUUUCCCCACAUGAGUCAGAUAUUUUAACUGAAUUCAACAUUUUUUGUUUGCAAAUUAUAAACUGAGGCAGAUUUAAGGAUUGAGUAAAGAUUUCAUCUUUGGACCAUUUGUAGAGAUUCCUCUUUAUCAGAUCUGAAGGGGCAACUCAGCAAACAGGCCUGGAUUAUUUUCUGGUUGUGGGAAUCUUGAAAAAACAAAACAAAACAAACAAAAAACCAAAAACAAAACCAAGUGUAUCACACUUCAGAAGGAGCUGUUUCUUCUAUUUCAGUGAGGAAAUUCAUGUCCACUAUAGACCAGAGACAGGGAUUACAUUCAUGUGGCUAUAUAACUUAGUCAUCGGACUGCUUAAAAUUGGGGGAGAAAAAUUAAAUAACUUCCUAUUUUAAAUCUCACCAUCUUUUUUUUCCCCCAAAUUGCAUGCAAAGUAUUUUGAACUGAAUGUGUGAUUAAUAGCAAUAAUACAAUCUCAGAAUGUGAUACUUAAAUUUAUGUAAAUGGAUUCUGUGUGAUCUUAUAUUUUAUGAAAUUUUUAAAUUUGUAAGACAUUUGAGAAAUGAAAAUA